UUCGUGACCUACGCGCGCGCUCCCGAAACGGAACGCCGACGGUGGCACAUGAUGGUCGCGCGCGCGCACCGCACAUCGCCCCGGCGACGGUAUGCGCUCCAUGGUAUGCGGCGGAUGGACACACCACUACGAAGAUGCGACGCGGUGACGCCAGCGACGCGUUGAAACGUUGCCUUGUUUUGGUCGUUUUGAUAUGUUAUCCAAUUGUUGCUUCAUAUAAUUGGAUCACCACGCCAGCUACGGAGCGUAGCCUGUGCGCAGCACAUACUCUCUGCCGCAGCGACGUGCCGAGAAGUGAGCAGCAGCAGGUGCUCUUUUUCUCCGAAAGCCGCUGAAGCAGCCGACGACAUCCAAGGCCGGCUACGAUGGAGGCGAGGAUUAAGGAAGCGUUGAAAACGACGAAACUCCGCGCUACCGGCCGCGGAGGCAGCGGCUGCAUCAACGAAGGCGAAGCUUUCGAAACCGAUGACGGCGAAGUGUUUAUUAAGAGAAAUUCGAAAUCGCAGGCACGGACGAUGUUUGAUGGCGAGUUCGCGGCCUUGAAGGCUAUACUGGAGACCGAGACCGUCAGAGUCCCGAAGCCGUACGUGGUGGUUGACAACCCCGCUGGUGGUGCUGCCCUGGUUAUGGAGUGCGUGCGGAUGCGCCAAUUGAGUCGCCACUCCGAGCUCCUGGGAAAGCAGCUGGCAAGCAUGCAUUUGCACAACAGUCGCAAACGAGACGAGGGCAGCUCAGUGCAUGGCUCCCGAAAUGAGUCUGGCUAUGUGGACCAGUUUGGCUUUGGGACCACCACCUGCUGUGGGUACCUGCCGCUGGAUAAUAGCUGGCACGAUGACUGGUUGGAAUUCUAUUGCCGGCAGCGCAUUGACGCCCAGGUGAGAAUGGCUCAAGAGAAGUACCAUGACCGUGAGGCACCUGAACUGUGGUCUCAGCUAGUCCACAAGGUGCCGUCAUUUUUUGAGGGCCUGGAAAUUGAGCCCGCCCUCAUUCACGGUGACCUCUGGGGUGGAAAUGUGGCUGAAUACGAGGAUGGACCGAUUAUAUUUGACCCAGCAUCAUACUACGGACAUGCUGAGUUUGAGCUGUCUAUAGCAAAACUGUUUGGCGGCUUUGAUGCAAAAUUCUACUCGGCCUACUUCAAGGUUAUACCCAAGGCACCAGGCUUUGAGAAGAGGCUUGACUUCUACCAUCUCUUCCACUACCUCAACCACUGGAACCAUUUUGGUGGUGGCUACCGCAGCUCUUCACUGUCCACGAUGAGGCGCCUCCUGAAAUAAAAACGAACGUCACUAAUGUGGCAUCAUUUUAUGCUGAAGCAUCACUGGCGAUGCCUGUCACCAUCGUUGUUAUUGUUGUUGCUGCUGCUACCGCUGCUGUUGUUGUUGUAACUGUCACAGUGUUGUUGGCCUGCAUGGCACCAGUGUUUGUUGAACGUUGCUACCAGUGUCUUUCCGGUGGAUGUGUCACAAAUGUUUGAACGACUCUGGGUGGCAUGCUGAAAACAGAAACUGUAGCGAGGAGCAUGUGGACCAAGCAAAGAAGGAAUAGGGAGUGCCAGCAUGUGGUUUAGUCCUUGCAGUCGUCACAUGCAUACUGCUCAGCUUUUAUGAAUUUGUUGUAAAACGCUAGGUUUCUUUAGCUUCGUCAUGAUUUGCGUCCGCUUUCGAAAAGUACUUCUUUCAAAAGAAUACAAAUGCAGCAGCUGAUUGAUUUUUCCAGAGCUGGAUUUCUCACACCUGCUUGGUUAUUUGAACGGUUAUUUGAGCCCCACCCAUUCCAUAGAAGCUAUGUAUAAUGGCUACCAAAAUGUUGGCCAUGGUUGUGUGAAUAUUCCCAUUGGUUGAUGGCUGGAUCACACUAGCUGUGACUGCAGAGCUGAGUACUCCUUAGCAGAUAUAGGUUAACACCGUUCCUGUGUACGUAUUUAGUUUGCAUAUAAUGUCUAUUUAGUUCACAUAUUGGUAAAUACAUGCAAAAUAUCUCAAUACGUGAAUAACGGAAGAUGUCCUGAAUGCUGGCUGUCAGCUUGGCGCUUACAAAUGCAGGACAUGCUGCACCAUGAUUGUUCCUUUUCACAACAUUGUGAAACUCCUUUGGGUUUACGUCUUCCUGGUUAAUGGUUAGAUCUCGCAUGGAGGUUCAUGUUUUGUAGUUGUUUUGCAUAAUAAUGCAUUUGCGUUCAAUAAUUUUGUGUUCGCGGAGGCCCCACCCCGCUUAUGGCAUCUUUCAUAGGUGAAUUUUAUGGUGUAUAACUUAUUUUUUUUUUUUUUUACAUUUUUGUGCUGCUGCAAAGUAACAUUACUUUGGAUGUCUAACGGGCACUGGGUGUCGGUGCGAAUUGAACAAAAAAACCAGAGCUGUCACAACGUCAACCGUGAUUUGCUGAUACGCACAUAAUGCCGAUAGACAGCUCAUGCUAUCAUUUUUUGCUAUCAUUUCUCUUGCAAAUUUGGUGGUAAACCACCAAUUUUUUAUUACCUUUUUGAGUCUUCGAUUUGGUCUGCUGGACUGCCCAAGAUGUUGCAUAUGCCAAUACACAUUGAUAGAAGGCAGCACCACUGCCUUGAACAAGCCUAGACAACAAAUCGAAGACGCAUAUUAUUUUUCCGGCCUGAAAAAUCCGCCACCCAGUUAUAUGCUGGAAGUAUGGUAGUGACUCAUGUGGUGCCUAAAUUGUUUUGAAAAAUUUCUCUCAUGUGGUGUCAGUUCUGAGGUCUAAGUUUAACGAGCACACCUCUCCUUGAAUCAGCUCUGCAUCCUUCAUCUUUCUUUGCUUCGUGUGUGUCCUUCAGUGCAUUAACUGCAUUUUAGUAUUUGAUGCUUAAUAUCGGCAAAUGCUAUUGGGCCUCCCUCAGACAAAAGCUUUAGUAAAAAAAAUACUUGGAAAGUUGGUUGAUAGGUCUGGUGGUAUUUUGAGGCCUAAUUUUGUCAUACUGUGCCAAGACAGGAAUUACUGGUGCAGGAAUUUUGUCUCGCUGUUAGUGCAGCUAGCAUGUUAAUGUGUGACUAUGGAAUGUUUUGAUCUCGAGUGAGUGACCGUUAGGAAAUUUGGACAAGGUGAGUUCACACAAGUGCAUGGUUGUGUGUCUGCAUUCCACUAUAAAGCCUCCGAGUUGUUGUUGCAGAGUAGCCGUCCAUGCUGAGUAACGUUGAACUUGGUGUCAUUUGUGAAUGUAACUUCUACUGAGCUGUUCUUGCACAUUUUACUGAUUAAAAUUUGUACAGAUUGCUGUGCAGCAUUAUUUUGUGCUCAUUACGACAUCAAUUAAUUAGCCUAACUUAGAAUUUACGGUAUUUAUACAAUAAAAGUGUAAAGCAAAGAAAAAGAAGAAAAGAAAUGCUCUCGCGAGGCACAUAAUUUACACAGCUUCUCAAGUUGCUUGACUCGUUGAGUGAUUUCUGGUUGAUCGGUAUCUACUGGCCAAUGUCAAACACCGCACUAGACUAUUCUAGGUGAUCUUGAAUACCUGGUGCCAUUGUGUACAAAAGCAGUAGCACUUAUCAUGUACUAAAGCUUGUACUUGGGAGCUUUUCUUUUUUUUUUGCGCUUGCCGAAUUGUGGCCAUUGCAAUCAUGAAUUGAACCAGCAAUGGCAGGUAUACUCUUGUACAGCAAACAUGAAGUAAACUGUAAAAAAAAAGGUAGCUUUUGUGGAAAUGAUAUCUAAAGGCAUACAUCCCCACUACUCAAAAUCACACUACAACUGUGUAGCGAAUGUUCUUCGUCAACCUCAUGCAACUUGUUUUAUUUUAAACAUUAAGGUGCUAAAAAAAGAAAGCAAGCAUUAAAAAUUGUAAAAGAAUAAUUUGUUGAAAACUUUUUACGCACACACAAACAGGGACAAAGAAGAGAAUCAACACAAGGACGAGCACUCCUCUUCUUUGUCCCUGUUUGUCUGCGCACAAAAAGUUUUUAAAAAAUGAAUCUGUUCCAACUAGGCCAACUCGCAGUUGUGCUUCUGUAAAAGAAUACCUGCCGGGAAACUUGGCAGGGAUUUCCGGAAGCUACGUAAGGGGUGUAGAAAACGAAGUCUUUCAUCGCCUUGCUUUUAGCUCCUAUGUACAAUGAAAUAAAAGAACAAAUUUCUGGUGCAAAAAAACAACUGCUGUUAGCAUGUACCUGACUGUAGUGUACAACUCCGAGACAGAGUAUCUUUGUAUAAAUGUUUCAGCAAAAUAAAUGUCACUGUGCACUAA